GAAGACGCUCCAUCGGCCUCGCUGCACUAUACUGGCUUUUCGCCAAUUAUCUAGCAAUGGAGACUUUAUCAGAAGGAAACCACGCUGGUCAAGCAGUUGACGACUCCUUUCUAGGUGUUGAGUCUCGCGUUCCUCUUCGCAUAUCAACUUCAGACAUCAUCACAGCCGGUUCGGGUAUCCUCGUUGAGGGGCAAAUUCAGGGUAACGAAGACAUUUUUCGUGUCGCCCAAACUCUCGUGACCGUCCAAAGCGAUAGCCAUAUGAACGAUACAUGCGACAGCUGCCUCGUGUGGACUGGCAGCGCACUUUACCGGGAAACAAAUCCCACAAAACAGCUCAGCCUGUCGGUGUGCAGCACUUGCAAAGUUGUGCGAUAUUGCUCAAAGGCAUGUCAAAAGAAAGCCUGGAAGAGACACCGCAAGGCAGAGUGCAAAAUAUUUGGCUUACAUCGGUCGGAGGGUAUUGGGCACAUUAUGCGUGCAACAAUGCGUCUCUUGCAUAUGCACCUGAGCGGCCAGCUGACGGAGAAUAAAUGGUCUGCUCUCCUGAAUCUAAAGUCACACAAGGAUAAGUUAAAAACCACUGAUACAUCGUUCUGGCCCGAUGUUGACAGAGCUUGUCAAAAUAUCAAGAUAUGGGCCAAUACAAGUGUGGAACAAGACGUUCUGGAAGACUUAAUUUGUAUUUUCGUUAUCAAUAGCAUGAGCAUAGCAAGUCCGGAGGGGACCACUCUAGGCAGCUGUCUAGAGCCAUUUGCCGCCCUCAUGAAUCAUUCAUGUGAUCCAAAUUCUGCCUUCUUUUUUGAAGGACCAGAGUUGCGAGUCCGAUCGAUUAAGACUAUUAUGGCGGGGGAAGAGAUAACAAUUUCAUAUACUGACCCUACUGAAAGCUUUGACUUCCGCCAAAAGCAACUAACAAAUUAUUACUUUAUAUGCAAAUGCAAGAAGUGUGAGAAAGAAGCUCUAGGGGAAUGGAGAACCGAAGACACCGAGCCCAAUAGACCGACUAAAGAAUCACAGGAUCAACUAAGGGCAUUAUUGCAAUUGGACCCUAAAACAACUUCCCCUGAAGCUGUCGAAGCCUCAGCGAGGCGAAUCUGCCGUGAAGGAUGUCCAGGAAAGCGUUGGCCACGCGAUCUACCUCCAAUGCCUUCGCUACAAAUAAGUCUUGCUCAACACUACCGUGAGAGGCUGAACUGGCCCAAGGUUUAUAGCCUCUGGCUGAAAACAUGCUUUGAGACCGAUCCAUCAAUCUGGGCAAGUCAAUACAGUCUUCACCGUGUGGAGCAUUUCAUGCAUUAUAUAGGUGUAGAAGUCCACGUUGCGAAUCUAUUAUUCGGGGCCGACUCCAGCGUCCAAGAGUUACAACAGUUAAAAAGUACAAUUUCAGCUGUGCAAUACCCUCAUAUCAAGAGGUUUGCGGAGGACGCUAGGAGAGCGUAUGGAAGAGACAGCACGAUGGCAGAACUGGCAAGGUUAUGGGAACGGAGAUGGGAUGAUAUUCUGAAUGGCCAGGGGUCAGAUCCUAGAGUUUUGGUAUCAUAUUGGGCAAGCAAUGAUGGAAAAUUGGAGCUGAAGAAAUAUGAGCUGAAGUUGUUAGAGUGGGCUGAAAAUUUUGGGAUCUGAGGAGAGAGCAUCUCGUUCUUCAGAAUUAUCUACAUGUUUCCUAUAUCUAGUCGCAUCGACGACACUCGUGUUGAGUGAAAGUGGAGUUUGAUCAAGAUUUGGUGGCGGACGUGGAGAAAGAGUGGACGGAGUGGCAAGAUCGUAUACAGCGUUCCAAAUUUCUUCGUCGGGGCAUCGUCAACGACUUUUCGC